CUUGAAACUUGGGCAUUUUAGGACGUGUCGACGUGGUCGCUGCAGACGUGGUCGUAGCAGUGUAAAGUGUCACCACACAUCGCUCGCGUGCAGCUCCUCAGGCACAGCGGCCAGAAAAAUAUCGCAUGAGAUGAGCCUGGCAAGCUGCACAGCACAGUGAUUUGCAUGAUGAUUCGCCACCGCUGCUGCGCAGCCCUAGCGCUCCUGCUCAUAAUCGCAGAUGCAAAAACACCAAAACCCCAAAUCGAAAUAACAACAAGCAAGGGCACGCUGCGUUUGGAACUCACGCCCGAUCACACGCCGAUAACAGUGGACAACUUCCUGGCCUACAUCGAUUCAAAGUUCUUCGACGGCCUCACGUUCCACCGCGUCAUCAAGGGCUUCAUGGCGCAGGGCGGCGGCUUCGACAGUAGUCUGAACGAGAAGCCCGCAUUAUUUCCUCCCAUAAAAUUGGAGGCGGCCACGUCGUUAAGUAACACGCGCGGCACGAUCGCCAUGGCGCGCACGAAUCAGCCCGACUCGGCUACAUCGGAAUUCUUCAUCAACCACGCCGACAACAAAUUCCUCGACGCGAGCAAGAGCAGCGACGGCUACGCGGUCUUCGGCUACGUCAUAGAUGGAUUAUCGGUCCUGGACGCCAUCGCCACCGUCGCGACCCACUCCGUGACGGUCCACGGCACCAAGUUCGACGACGUGCCGAAGACGCCGGUCGUCAUCGAGUCUAUUCAACGCGUCGUCGUGCCGGAGCCGACGUGCGUCGUCCGCGUCUUUCGAUUUUGAGCCGUUUCGCGACGCCAUCGCCGCGACGACGGCGUCGCGCGCCACGCCGUCGACGCGGCCCCGUCGCGCGGGCUGCCGGAGCCGACGGCGUAACGUGGUCCAUGCACACAGGUCCGAACCGACGCCCGAACCCGCGCCGAGACCGACAGCCGCGCCGAAGCCGCGGCCCACGCCGCGGCCCACGAUAGCGCCCACAGACGCGGACGAGGCGACACAAGCACCGACGGCCCUGCGCAUUCGGAGCGGCUACGCCAUGUCAGACGCCGACGACGCGAUCAUGGCCCAAAAGGCGCACGGCACCUGCCCGGCGCCGGUCCAGGCCAAAUUACGAUGGGGCUGCGACCGCGACCUGGCCGACGACAUUUGUUGUUUUAACAGAAACUACGCCGAGCCGACGGGCUACGCCUGGGGCACGUCGUGGCCCGCCGACGUCACGGAGGCGCCACAAGACUACUACGACCCCGUGACCGGGCGCCCGCUCUUCCGCGCGCCCGUCGGCCGCUCCCGGGCGGACUUCCUCGCGGAGAGCAAGGCCCACGGCUGGCCGUCGUUUAGAGAUGCCGAGGUCUACUGGGACAACGUGCGCGUGUUAGCGAACGGCGAGACCGUGUCCGUCGACGGGACGCAUUUGGGCCACAACCUGCCCGACGACGCGGGCAACAGAUACUGCAUCAACCUGGUGUCGGUGGCGGGCCGGUCCUGCGACGAGUGGUUCGGUCCUGGUGCUUCUUCUGACGACCUGUUGACGACCAUUGUGGACCUGGACGUGCCCGAGGAAUUCUGCGGAAAGUACAACCUGACGGCGCCCUGCGUCUACGUGCACCGGAGCGGGCCCGGGAGCGGCUGCCACCUCCCGGGCCCGCCCGACGCGUGCCACCGCUACGUCCGCGUCACCUACGAUAGCUGCCCCGUCUACGUCCGCGGCGGCGUCGACGCCGACGAUCGCUUCGACCCGGUGACGGGCGUUUUACGAGCGUGCGCCGACGACGUCGUGAAGAUUGACACCACCUACUGGGGCCCGCCGGCCGAUAACCCAAAACCGUGCGGCCCGCAGCUAAUCGGGACCGAUGAGACCGCAUCGCAGCAGCUGCCUGUUACUUUUGUUCUCGCCUUGCUCGCAGCUUCGGCGGCGCUCGUGGUCACGUUCGCGGCGUGCGGGCGGCGGUCGAAGUACGCGCCGACGGAGGUCGAGAUCCCGCCCCUCGACCCCGACGAGAGCUACGAGGACGCGGCGCUUGUCUAGCAGCGCUCGUGUAAUUAGUUGUUUGUGAAUGGGAGGCUUAUUCCAGGGAGAGGGCAUCAUGACCUUCACGCCAUCGACGCGACGCCUGCUCGACGGCGUGGCGGUGCGGUUCUCUGACCGCGCGGCUUGGCCAGUGCGGCCACGUCGUCC